AUGGCUGAAUCUUCCGUUUCCAAGUCAGUUUCAGCCACCAGUCAAUCGCGGGAGAAAUUCUCAGACAUAGUAACAGCAAAGGGAAAUGUUCUCGACAAAGUUUUCCCUCUUUUCGAACAGAUGAUUCAACAAGUUAAACUACCAGCUUGGAUUAUGGGAAUUGUCAUGUUCUAUCUCCUAUGCCAAACACUCUCCAUUUGUUUCUGGGUUUAUACACCUGUUUAUCAAAAAACAACUCAGCCGUGGACAAAUGUUAACAAAUAUUUUGUCCAAAUAUUCGCAUUUAUUGAUCCGGUUAAUUACAGCACAUCAAUACAGAUAUGGAUGAUUGUAGAUAUCGCAAUUGGAGUAUUUUCUAUACUUUGGAUCUUAUUCACAUUAUAUCUUAAUCAUUUGUUUUAUACAAUUUAUGUUCCGGUGCUAUACAUUUCAUUUAUUCUCAUUGAUAUUGUCGUUCCAAUAUUGAUAGUCCCAUCAGCUUACGUAGCGGCGCAUGGAAUUGUUGGACUUAAAGGUCAUUCUGGCAUAGAAUAUGUUUUGGAAAUAGCUCUUGGAUUAGUUGCAUUCGCAGUUUACACCUGCGUCUUCUUACUUAGCUCCAUUCUUAAGGCAAGAUCAGUUGUUUUAUCUAAUUUCCCCUUCCCAAUGUUCGAAUAUGAUGCAGUUACAACAUGGAUCAUUAUUACAGCAGCUUGUGCCGUACUCUCAGCUAUUUUCAACUACUUCGAUAGCUGGUUUUACACAUUAGGUGGUAUUAUUCACAUUUUAAUCACAGUUUAUGUACAACUUCGUAUCUACUAUCUUCCUUUCUAUGAUCUAUGGCGCAACGUUCUCAUGAUGGCCUUCUGUUUAGCAACAGUUGUACUUAAUAUAAAUUAUUUCGUCAUCGCAUAUGUCGAUAAGUUCAAAUUCAACUACACAAUAUUUGUAUUCAUAAUAAUAUUGAUAUUGGGCUAUAUAGGUGGUACAGGUGCCAUUACAAAAGUUUCAGGAGAUUUCAGAAAAGCAUUAACAUACCAAGAAGACGUAACAAAUGUUCCUGAAUACUUAGAUUCACUCAAGAUCAAUAAGAACUCACACCAAGCUAACAUGUGGAUCAUUGUUGGUUUAAUCUUUAACAGUGAUUACUUUGUUGAUGGUUCUUUAACCGAUUACUGCCUUAACUGCCCCAAUUUGGAUGGAGCUCUUUCAAUGUUACUCCAAGUUGUCACAUUAUUCCCAUUCGAGUCCCGUAA